GUCAUUACAUGCCAAUAAAAGGCAGAGCCUUUUACAUUAUGUCUUAUAACACGUGUCAACUGCUUGUGAGAACAGGACAAGGUGACAUAGUUGUUUUUCAACCGAAGAAGCAACAAUAACAACAUUAUCGUUUGCAGUUAUGUACACAAAUGCAUCUUCUGCAGUUUUACUGACACUGGAAACACUGCACAUAUCUAAUGCAUAUAUUUACCCAGCAUUUUUGUUUGGGACUUUAACAUAUCUGUGUAUUAUGUUUUUCAACUUGUUGGUAUUAACAACUAUUGCUUGUAGUAAAAAGCUACACAAGCCCAUGUUUAUCCUGCUGUUAAACCUGCCCCUUAGUGACAUGUUGGGUGCUACGGCCUUUUUCCCUCAUCUUGUGUUCAGCAUUGUGACAGAAAACAGACAGAUUUCCUAUUCUGCAUGUGUUACUCAGGCUUUUCUGAUUCAUUUUUAUGGUGGAGGUAACUUGUUCAUCUUGAGUGCCAUGGCAUAUGACAGAUAUAUUGCUAUAUGUUGUCCUUUGAGGUAUAAUGCAAUCAUGACUCCACAUACCUUAGUAAAAUUAAUUUUUGUUAUAUGGUUCAUGAACUUGUCAAUAGUAGCCACACUGAUUUUGUUGCUUUUACGGACUACAGUUUGCAGGACUAAUAUAGUGGAUUUGUUCUGUAACAAUCCAUCAUUAGUGAAACUGGCCUGUGAGGACACCAGAGUGAACAACUACUACGGACUGUGUUCUAUAGUCUUAUUUCAAGGCGGACCACUGUUAAUAAUAAUGUACACGUAUGCACAGAUUUUGCGUACAUGCGUUAUGAAUAAUCAGACCGAUGCGAGGCGAAAAGCCAUUCAAACAUGUGGCUCGCAUUUAGCAGUUUUCAUAAUCCUAGAAUUGAAUACUUUGUUUACACUCAUCGCUCAUCGCCUUGAGAGUGUGUCCCCUUUUCUAAGAAGGGCUCUUGGUGUGUCAGUUUUAAUUUUCCCUCCUUUUUUGGACCCAAUUAUAUAUGGACUGAAAACCAAAAAACUCAAGAAGAGCAUAACAAUGUUGCUAAAAAGAAAUGUAGGUUCAUAAAGACUGCAACUGCAAGUUUUCAGUUUUGGGUUUCAUAUGAAAUAUUUUACAUUCAUGGGUGAAAUUAAAUCUUUAUUUUAUGUACAGCCUAAGAUAAUGAUGAUGUCCAAAUCCAGUAUAAUUGAAUUUUCUGAAUAAAAUGGUCUCCAUACAAAAAUAUAUGUCAUAUGUUCUUUAAUUAUGGAUUAUGAAUACAGAAAUUUAGAUAUUUAUUCAUAUGACGACAUGACCAGGUAAGCCCAGCUGGUCACAAUACUAUGGGUGAUUGGUGUAUAUGUUUGAUUGGGGCAUUCCUGUUAUUCAUGUUUGCUUUGUACAUUGGACGCAUUACUAAAAGAGCGACAGAAGACAGUAAUAAAACUGUUUAAACGUCUCAGUCUGUCUCUGAUAUAUUAAACAGAAGGCAACUUUUUGAAACUGUAUUACAUCAUAUAUGUUGACCUGCUUCUGUGUGUCAGUCUUAUUGUAAAACUUUCUGCACUGUUCUCUUAGGAAAUGUCAUUACAUGCCAAUAAAAGGCAGAGCCUUUUACAUUAU